UGCAAGAAAAACAUCAACAGCAAUCAAAGGCACAUACCAUAGUACGUAACAAGAGAAGUUCAGUGAAGAAUUCAACAACAAUGACAGAUUCAGAUUGUACAGAGUUUGAGAGAACCAAACCCAGAAAGAGGCGUCAAAAGCUCAUUAAGCGUCCAAUUUCAAGAUCAAAAACUGUUUGUGAUUAUUUAGAAGAACUAUAUAAAAAGAAGGGAUCCAUAAGAGAAGACGCACUAGGCAAAUUGAUCAUUGAAUUCAAGAAAGCGGUGCGAUAUGAAUUUGCUCAGAAUAUUUGUGUUACUUUAACACACCGAUGCGAAAAUUCGUUGAAGCGAGGUUCUGCUUUGGAAAUUGAUCUUGCACUACAACUUAUAGGACUGUUAGCAAUAACACUUGGGGCUGGAGAUCAUGCACAUGAGAUAUAUGAAUAUUCACUAGAGUUUCUUCCUCAAGUUCUCAAAUCCAAGUCAUCUCAUUCUGCAAAGGCAUUAGAAUGUUUUGCUAUUGUCACCCUUAUUGGUGCCAAAAAUACUGAUGAAACAGAAAGAUCCAUGGAGAUUAUAUGGAAAAUUAUGAAUGAAGAUACAAAACCCAAUGUUGUUGCUGCAGCAAUAUCCGCCUGGUCUCUCCUCCUUUCAGAAAUAAAUGGAUGGUGUGUUAAUCACAAGAAGUGGAAAGGGUUGUUCUCGUAUUUGCUGAAACAACUAGAGGAAGAUUAUGAUCAAAAUGUCAACUGUGCCUGCGUAGAAGCACUUGGUGUAAUUUUUGAAAAUGGCAGCCUUGAGAAAUUUUCCGAUGAUGCAGAAAAUUAUGCAAACUUAAAAGACAUGAAAGAUGAUAUAUUGAUAAGAGCUUCAAGUGUUACCAAAGAAAAUGCUUUAAAACUUCUUGAGGAUAAUAGUGAUAAGAAAAUCACCCUCACAAUAUGUGAAACUGAAUUGACCUUAAGCACUUUUUCACUCGUGAAGCAG